GGGUCUCCGCGGCGGGGGCACCGCUCAGCCUGCGGCUCCUUCCCGGCGCCAGCCGCCCGGCCGCCGGGAGCAGGCGCCUAACCCGGAGCACGGCCGGCCGCCCAGCUCUCCCCGGCGGCCCCGCGCACCCUGCGGGAGGAGCCGGCCGCCGUGACGCGUCAGGGAGGAAGCGCCACCGCCCGGCGGCCCUGCCGGGAAGGAGGAAGCGCGAGUGCGCUCGGCUCCGCGCCCGCCGCGCGGGGAGGCAGCACCGCGGAGCCGGUAAACUCAAAGGGAUUAUACCAUGGACUACAAGGAAAGCUGUCCAAGUGUAAGCAUUCCCAGCUCUGAUGAACACAGAGAGAAAAAGAAGAGGUUUACUGUUUAUAAAGUUCUGGUUUCAGUGGGCAGGAGUGAGUGGUUUGUCUUCAGAAGAUAUGCGGAGUUUGAUAAGCUUUACAACACUUUAAGGAAACAAUUUCCUGCUAUGGCCCUGAAGAUUCCUGCCAAGAGAAUAUUUGGUGAUAAUUUUGAUCCAGAUUUUAUUAAACAGAGAAGAGCGGGACUGAAUGAAUUCAUUCAGAACUUAGUUAGGCAUCCAGAACUUUACAACCAUCCAGAUGUCAGAGCAUUCCUUCGAAUGGACAGUCCAAAACAUCAGUCAGAUCCAUCUGAAGAUGAGGAUGAAAGAAGUACUCAGAAGCUACACUCUACCUCACAGAACAUUAACCUGGGACCAUCUGGAAAUCCUCAUGCUAAACCAACAGACUUUGAUUUCUUAAAAGUUAUUGGAAAAGGCAGCUUUGGCAAGGUUCUUCUUGUAAAACGGAAACUGGAUGGAAAAUUUUAUGCUGUCAAAGUGUUACAGAAAAAGAUAGUUCUCAACAGAAAAGAGCAAAAACACAUUAUGGCUGAACGUAAUGUGCUCUUGAAAAAUGUGAAACAUCCAUUUUUGGUUGGAUUACAUUAUUCUUUCCAAACAACUGAAAAGCUUUAUUUUGUUCUGGAUUUUAUUAAUGGAGGGGAGCUGUUUUUUCACUUACAAAGAGAACGGUCCUUUCCUGAACACAGAGCUAGGUUUUAUGCUGCUGAAAUUGCCAGUGCAUUGGGUUAUUUGCACUCCAUCAAAAUAGUGUACAGAGACUUGAAACCAGAAAAUAUUCUUUUGGAUUCAGUAGGACAUGUUGUCUUAACAGAUUUUGGGCUUUGUAAAGAAGGAAUUGCUAUUUCUGACACCACAACAACAUUUUGUGGGACACCAGAGUACCUAGCACCUGAAGUAAUCAGAAAACAGCCCUAUGACAAUACUGUAGAUUGGUGGUGCCUUGGUGCUGUUCUGUAUGAAAUGCUGUAUGGAUUGCCUCCUUUUUAUUGCCGAGAUGUUGCUGAAAUGUAUGACAAUAUUCUUCACAAGCCCCUAAGUUUGAGGCCAGGAGUGAGCCUUACAGCCUGGUCAAUUCUGGAAGAACUCCUAGAAAAAGACAGGCAAAACCGACUCGGUGCCAAAGAAGACUUCCUUGAAAUUCAGAAUCAUCCUUUUUUUGAAUCACUCAGCUGGACUGAUCUUGUACAAAAGAAGAUUCCACCACCGUUUAAUCCUAAUGUGGCAGGACCAGAUGAUAUCAGGAACUUUGAUGCAGCAUUUACAGAAGAAACAGUUCCAUAUUCCGUGUGUGUGUCUUCUGACUAUUCCAUAGUGAACGCCAGCGUACUGGAGGCUGACGACGCCUUUGUUGGUUUCUCUUACGCACCUCCUUCAGAAGACUUAUUUUUGUGAGCAGUCUGCCAUCAAGAACCCAUUGAGCAAAUAUAAGCCUACAGAUGAGAUGGAAACUCCUGUUUGUGUGAAUAUAUUCAAAUAUGUUUAACUAGUGCCUCAUUUUUACAUGUAAUGUUAAAAACUAUGAAAAAUGUAUUUUCUGCUGUAUGCGAGAAAAUAGGGCAUUUCAGAGAACUAAGUUUUGAAUUAAAAUUUGUAUUCUUGUUUAUUAAGCUUAUUUUUAAACAGAAAUUUUAAAAGCUACUGUUCUUAGCAUUAACCUAUUUUUAAAGAAAACUUUUUUGCUAAUGACUGGUUUUUUUUCCCUCUAGGUUUAUGCUAACAUCUACCCAAGAUAGACUGUAUUUAACAGUCUGUUUCAGUUCAGUUAACAUACAUUAAUGCCUUCAUAGCUCUCUACUUUGAGUUCUCAGAUCACAACUAUGCAAUUGGUACAUGGUUGUUUAAGAAGAAACCAUAUCUUUCCAUAAUGAAUCACUGUUUGACAUAAUCAUUUCUUGGUAGGAUUAAAAUAUAAAAGCAUAGUUAACUCAUUGGCUGCUAGCUAACGCUUUGAGUAACUGUUCAUUCUGCAGAUCAAAUUAAGAAGUAACAAAAGGAAAUCCUAUG